CGAGAGGGAAGAUGCCGGGUCACUGGCCAUCCCAUCCCAGGCCUCUCAGGAGUCGGGUUGUUUUCUGAUUCCAAUGAUGGUGGUGCUGCUUUAAUCUACAUGUGAUUAAUCCAUGGCUUUACCCCAGCUAACUUGACAGACGAGUGCGAGGUAAGUAAUACCACGUGUGGUCCUGUCCACUUUACAGUCAGCUGAAGCUCAGGCCCUUGUUCCCUCCAGAUUUUAAACAAGAUUCAGUCUCUAAGUCGGAAGGGAUGUAAGGCUACUUCAGUUGGAUAAGCAGACCUGUUGGAGGCAAACUCAUGAACAGAGGAAAGGAGAGUAUAGCGGUGCCUGAAAGCUGAGUGCCAGAACAUGCCGUUCCCUUUCGGGAUACCCGUGCUCCCCCGCCCUCCGCCAGGUUUCUGCCAAGGCUCCAACUUGGCGCUUACUUCCAUCACUACGGGGGAUCCAAAAUAAGACCGCGCUUCGCAGAGGGUUCUGGGAACUGUAGUCCGGACACGUUAGAGUCACCCACUUCCGCUUCCGGCCAGGGCACAAUUGCCGUCGCCUCUUUUGCGACGGUCCAAAAAGCCCCGAGUAUUUUUGGAGGGCUUCGUUGCGGCCGCAGGCAUGGGGGCCAGAUGUCUGGGACCUGAGGAUGAAAGAGCAGCGUAUGACGGAGGGUCGGAACCGGGAGAUUUCAACGAGCUCGGUUUGGCGGAGGACAGCAUUGGCUUCUUGGGACUGCUCCUUGCUGAAAGGAACUGCAUAGAAAGGGAAGGUCUCUUGACGUUAGAGCUGCAGACUUGUUUACCCAUGAGAAUGGAAGCGCCGUAAGAACAAGUACUUUGCCCGUCUUAUUUCCUGCUGCAUCCCCAGUGUUCGUUAUAGCAUCCAAGAUGUAGUUAGACAUGAAGGUUAUUACAAGAUAUUGAAUAUAGUUCCCCAGGCUCAUCAGUAGGGCCUUGUAUCCAUCCGAAGCUCCUGGUCAGAGAUUAGAGAGACUCAAGAAUGAAGAACCACUGGCUUUUCUGCUUCUCCAGUUUGGGAAGAUCAGAGCAUAAAUACAAUUGCUGCUGCUCCCAAAACCUAGGAGAGGAGACCAUGGAGAGUCGGGCCUCGAGGCAUGAGGAAGGAGGGUCGCGUCCUCCAGCCUCAGCCCUUUCCCAGGACGGGGAGGGUGAGACCAAGUUUCAGAAGCCGUUGACCUUCAAGGAUGUGGCCGUGGUCUUCACCAAGGAGGAGCUGGGGCUGCUGGAUUCCGCCCAGAGGGAGCUGUACCAAGAUGUGAUGCUGGAGAACUUCCAGAACCUAGUCUCCGUGGGUAAGGGGAACUUCUGGGUAAUUGAAACUUAACUCAUCGGAGUGUUCUUGUUCCCCGAAGAGAUCAGAUUUCUUUCGCACAGAGAGCUCCCCUGCUGGAAAAUCUGGGAGCAGGUGGCUGGUGAAUUAACUGCGAGUCAAGACCACAGAGCAAAUCUUCCAGGGGCAGAUUUCUGGUCCUCAGAAGAUGCUUCUCUCUGUCAAGGCGGGAAAUUAGUAUCUGCUGAGGAUUCUCAGAUUGGAAAUUUGGUAGACAGUCUUCAAGGGGAUGGGUCCAUCAAUUUGGAAAAUCAUGAGUUUCUAGCCUGGCCUGUGAGACCAGUCUCCUUUCAGGGAUCUUGGAUAAAAGCUGUGAAUGAGACAAGGAAUGUUCAAGAAAGAUGGAAAAAACCCAACAUGGAAGAUAUAAUAUAUAAAUGUGACUGGUAUGUUGACGGCUUCAGCUGGCUAUCACAUUAUCGUGAUGACCACAGGAAACCUGGAAGAGAGAAACCACAUAAUUGUGAUAAAGGCAGAAAAGACUGCAUUAAAGAGUCAAUACUUCAAUGCCCUAACCCCGGAGAGAAUGGCUUUGAAAGAAAUGAAUGUGAAAAUGGCUGCCAGGAUGAUUCAGACCUGCCCACUCAUCCAAGAGUGCCCUUGAAAGAGAAACCCUAUCAAUAUCAUAAGUUUGUUAAGGGCUUGGGGCAGAGCACCUGUCUGGAGAGACAUCCAAGAACUCCCCCAGGAGAGAAAUCCUUUCAAAGUAACGAGCAUGGUCGGGGCUCCAGGCAGAACACACGCAUUCAUGGCCGUGCCAGGGUCCCGGCAGGAGACACGUCCUAUGCAUGCGAGGUAUGCGGGAAGGGGUUCAGGUACAAAUCAGUUCUCAUCCAUCAGGGCUUACACACAGGAAAGAAACCUUAUAAGUGCGAGGAGUGCGGGAAGGCCUUUGGGCGGAGCUCCAACCUGCUGGUCCAUCAGAGGGUCCACACCGGAGAGAAGCCGUACAGAUGCAGUGAGUGCGGGAAAGGCUUCAGCUACAGCUCGGUGCUUCAGGUCCAUCAGCAGCUGCACACGGGAGAAGCCUACACGUGCAGCGAGUGCAGCAAAGGGUUCUGCGCCAGGUCCAUGUUACAUAAGCAUCAGCACGUCCACCCCGGGGAGAAACCCUACAGCUGUGUAGAACACGGCAGGGGAUUCAGCUGUAGCUCCAAUCUCAGCAGUCAUCAGACAAUGCCCGCCGGAGAGAAACCCGACCAGUGCGACCAGUGCGACAAGGGUUUCAGUCACAGCUCGUACCUGCAGGCUCACCUGAAGGCUCACACAGGGAAGCGCCUCUAUGAGUAUGGCGUGUGCGGGAAGAGCUUCAGUUACAGCUCAGGGCUCCUCGCACAUCAGAGACUGCACGUGGGAGAGAAGCCCUACAAGUGCGAGUGCGGGAAGGGCUUCGGCCGAAGCUCAGACCUCCAUGUCCACCAGAGGGUCCACACGGGAGAGAAGCCCUACAGAUGUGCCGAGUGUGGGAAAGGCUUCCAGCGGAAUUCCAACCUUCACAGCCACUGGCGGGUCCACACCGGAGAGUGGCCCUACAUCUGCGCCACGUGUGGGAAGGGCUUCAUUUACAGCUCCGACCUCCUCAUCCACCAGAGGGUCCACACAGGAGAGAAGCCCUAUAAAUGCGCGGAGUGUGGGAAAGGCUUCAGUUACAGCUCCAGACUCCUCAUCCACCGGAGGGUCCACAUGGGCGAGAAACCUUACAGGUGUGAAGAGUGUGGAAAGGGCUUUAGGUGCACCUCAAGUCUUCACAAACAUCAGCGAGUCCACACGGGGAGGAAGCCCUACAGAUGUGAUCAGUGCGGCAAGGGGUUCAGCUAUGGCUCAAAUCUUCGCACCCACCAGAGACUGCACACCGGCGAGAAACCCUACAUUUGUUACGAAUGUGGAAAGGGCUUCCGGUACAGCUCAGGUCUCCUCAGUCAUAAGAGAGUGCACACGGGGGAGAAACCGUACAGAUGUGACGUGUGUGGGAAGGGCUACAGUCAGAGCUCACACCUUCAAGGUCAUCAGUGGGUCCACACUGGCGAGAAACCCUACAAAUGUGAGGAAUGCGGGAAGGGCUUUGGUCGAAGCUCCUGUCUUCACAUCCAUCAGAGGGUCCACACUGGAGAGAAGCCCUACAAGUGCAUGGAGUGUGGGAAAGGCUUCAGCUAUAGCUCAGGUCUGCGAAAUCAUCAGCGAGUGCACUUAAGCGAGAAACCUUGUAAGCAGGUGUGAGUGGAGAUCUCCGGGUAGAACUCAGAACUUUCUGUUCAUCUCAGAGCCAACACAGGAGAAAAUCGAUACAGACGUGAUGUGUCGGAAGGGCUGCAGUAGAGGCUGGUCCGCACGGGAAGGGAGAUCUGGAAGUUUGGUAAACAGGGAAAGCGCUCAGUCACAAACUUCACAAACUCCAGUCUUCCAGAGUCUCUUGCACAGUGGAAUAGUCCCUAAGGAAAUGAUGUGGCAGUGGUUUCAGGGAAAAAAAGAAACAUCACAUUCAUCACAGGUGGCCCAGGAGGGAGUUUUUACAAAUGCUAGAACUAGUAAGAAUAUAUCAAAGGGGCAGAUUAUGGACACAGAUUCCAUGUUGGGAAAAAUACCUAUGAACGGGAUAAGUGUAGGAAAAAACUGUCCCCUUACUCAAAGCAAUAUUGUACAUACCUUUUAGAAAGCAUUUUUAUAAAAAUUAAAAGAUUAUACUAACAUUCACUGAGGCAAGUCACUUUUAGGCCAUGGAUGGUUUCAGGGAAAGAUGCUCUCUUGGCAGGUCUGGGUAAUGUGUCUCCAACACACUAUCGUCAUGUUUCUGUGAUUGUAUUUUAUCUCCUAGAGAGAAACUGCUGUCAGAGGUUAUGUAAACUGCAGGAGUAUUUUAUCAUUUUAAACAAAAUCUGGGCUCUUAAUUGGCAUUGCAUUGAAUGUAUAGGUUAAUUUGGGAAGAACUUGCAUCAUUGAAAUUCUGAAUUUUUUUUUCCAUUUGAAGAUGCUGUUUGUUUCUACUUACUAAAGUAUUUUAAAUGAGCCUUCAGAAAUAUUAUUUUAGAGAUUUGAAAAUUAGCUUCUGAAUAUUCUUAAGUAUAUUUCUAGGAUUUUGUUUUAUUGCUAUCAUGAAUACAAUAUUUUUGCCAUUUCAUUUCAUACUGGAUUGUUUUGGUUUUUUUAUCUAUAAGACAAAUAUUAUAACAUUUUUAAAAAUCAGAAAUACCAUUUCUAACUCAUCAGAAUAGCAGUGGUAAACAGAUUCACCAAAGCCACAUCAGUGGGGAUCUGUGGAAACAUGAACUCUUAUGCACUUAUUGGUAGGAGUGAAAAUAGGUCGUCUUUUUUGAAAAUUUGUCAGUGUGUCAAGUUCAAUUUAUAUAACCUCUACUUCGAAGCAGCAGUAAGUGUGUAGUAAUUUAUACUUGGGAGAUAGUUGUACAUGUGGGAAAAGAUGUAUGUAGAUGGCCAGGUUUAAUAGCAUCUUCUUAGUCCAGCAAAAACCCACAAAUCUUAAUGCUCCAGUUUUAAUCAGUUAAAGCACAUGUAAACAAGGAGAAAUCACUAAAAAUAUUUAGGUAUACCUGUAAUGACAUUGACGGUUGCUCACAAACCAGUGAACCAGGAAUUUGUAAAACAAUAAUUAUACUACAACCCCUUUUUGUUAAUGUGUGUGUGUGUUUAUAAAGAGAGAGAAAGGAAAAGAUGUGUGAAAGGUCAGUAUUAUAACUGCUUAUUUCUAGCAGAUGGAAUACUUUGUUUGCAAUGCAUUCAUGUACUUUUACAUAUUUUUAUUAUAAAGAGCAUAUAUCAAUUUUAUAACAACAGUAAAGCUAUCUAUUUUUUAAAAAUUAGUCUACUGGGACAAUCUUUUUUUGGUCAAAGAUCUAUGUUAUAACCUCUCUCUCUAUAUAUGUAUUUUUUCCUUUUCCACCAUUCACUUAGCCCCUAGUACCAAAAUAUAAGGUAUACACGAACUAUGAAAUUUGUGAUUUAGAUACUUUCAAAGGCUGCAUCAUUUUUGCUGGCUGGUAGGAGAUGAGGUGGUCUGGAUAAUUAGGAGGACCAAUUUGGCACUCCUGUGCUACAUUCUGGCCCCUGGGACCAGUGAGCCCACAAGCCUAGCUUUGUGGAGGACAGUGGACCAUGAUUGCAGUCUGACUGCUGCACGUGGGUGACUCGAGACCCAAGGCACUGUCUGGGCUGAGUUCCCUUCUGCUGCGUAGGGCUGCCAGAAAAAGAGUCUAAGUUAUAAGCAGACCUUGGAAAUACUGCAGGUUUAAUUCCAAACCACUGCAAUAAAGCAAAUAUAAUAAAGCAGUCACUCAAUUUUUUUUGGUUUCCCAGUGUGUAUGAAAGUUAUGUUUAUAUUGCAGUCUAUUAAGUAUGUAGUAGUAGUAGUAUGUCUAAAAGACAAUGUACACACCUUAAUUUCACAAUACUUCAUUGCUACAAAAAAAAUGCUAACCAUCAUCUGAGCCUUCAGUGAGUUGUAAUCUUUUUGCAAUAGUUACAUCAAGGAUCACUGGUCACAGAUCACCAUGACAAGUAUAGUAAUAAUGAAAAAGUUUGAAAUAUUGCUAGAAUUACCAACAUGGUGACAGAGAGACACGAAGUGAGCAAAUGCCGUUGGAAAAAUGGCAUCAAUAGACUUGCUCAAUGCAGGGUUGCCACAAACCUCCAAUUUGUAAAAAACAACACAAACAAAAAACCCCGCAACAUCUGUGAAGGGCAAUAAAAAAAAACUCAAUAAAACGAGGUAUGCCUUUAUUUUAGAAGGUGAUAUGUACCAAGAAGGGAAAGGGAAAGUGGAGUAAGGCAGGUGGAGAAUUACUAGGGGCCUUUGCACUUUUAAAUGGGAGUGCCAUAGACUUCACUGAGAGUGACAUUUGAGCAAAGAAUAAAG